ACUGUUACAACACACUGAUGUAUAAAUAGGUAAAAUACUUCACGUCCUGUUUUUAUGGACAGAGUUCGACGCAAACGAUCUGGAGGCGGUGCUGGGCCGGAGAAAGCACUCGGACUUUUUGGCCGUCGUCUUGGAGCAGCGUCGGCUUUUCUCAUCCGUUUAGGAGCACCUAGCAAAUCAGGUUACAAGCGCUUGGCAGGCUGCUGGUGAAGGAAGGGCGUGCCAGUGGAGCGGCGCGGUUGGUUGGAUGGAGAGCCCUCCCCGCCGCUGAACAGCUCUGCAACGCACCGCCCAGCCAUGCGUUCUUUCAUGGGACUGGCUCCUCCUCCCUCUCGGUCCCUGUCUCUGUUACCUCGCCCCAAUCAGCCCUUCACUGCUACUCCCUGGCCUGCACGUCACUGGCCAGCGUUCACCCCGCCGCGCGCCAUUGGUUAAGCUCCUAUAGCAGGACAUCCCUCUCUCACUGUGGACUCACGGAGCCCCAGCAGCAGCAGUGGCAGGAGCAGCAGAACCCCAUGAAUGACCUUAGCGGGUGCAGGGAAGGGGGUCCCUCCUCCCCCUCCCUCCCGCCUGGCGUGCCGUUACCUUCACCAACUUGCCCGCCGUCGCCAGCACCGCCCAGCCUGACAUCGACCUCGCCUGCAGCGCCCAGCCCUCUCCCUCCCUCGCCCUCACCGCCCAGCCCUCGCCUACACCGCCAUCUCCUGCACUUCAACCGCCUGGCGUUCCGCCUCCAUCCCUCACCUUCUCUUCCCAGCCUUGCACCACCACCACCUCCUGCGCCGCUUCCUGCAUGGCGUGCUGCCACCUUCGCUGGAGCCGCCCAGCCUUGCACCACCACCACCUCCUGCGCCGCUUCCUGCAUGGCGUGCUGCCACCUUCGCUGGAGCCGCCCAGCCGCUCAUCCGCCGUAGCUUAUAUAGCAGCAGAUUCGUCUCUACACAGGACAGUGCUGAGCCUUUGCUGUUCCGCUGCUGCAACCGCCCAGCCCCCACCGGCGCUGCCCAGCCCGCCUCCCCCCUAACCAGCAUCAGCCAGGCUGCUGCCACCCUCACCGCCCCCAAGCCCUGGCACCUCCGCCCCUCUGGGCACCCUCUGGGCACCCUCUGGGCCCGCUCUGCCCAGCUCGCUGCCGCCCUCACCCGCACUGCCCAGCCCUCACGGCCGGCCUUCCCGCCACACAGCCAGCUUCCUCCCUCGCCUGUUCAGCCCAGCCCCACUUUGCCUUCGCCGCUGUUCAGCUUGUUGCCGCCUUUACCAGCACGUCACCGCCAUAUCCCCAGCCCCCAGUCAGCAUCCGCCGUAGCUCACCUGCAGGCCGGAGCCCCUGACUGGUCUGCAUCGUCCAUCACCUUUUGAGGAGUUCCACGUGUGGCCCGUCGCCUACAAAACAGUGCCUGGCGGCCACCGAAAUCACCUUCAUCCUGAAACCGCCCCACAGUCGUCUCUACACAGGACAGUGCUGAGCCUCUGCUGGUCCGCUGUUGCAACCGCGCAGCCCCCACCGGCGCCGCCCAGCCUGCCUCCCCCCUAACCAGCGUCAGCCAGGCUGCUGCCGCCCUCACCGCCCCCAAGCCCUGGCACCUCCGCCCCUCUGGGCCCGCUCUGCCCAGCUCGCUUCCGCCCUCACCCGCACUGCCCAGCCCUCACGGCCGGCCUUCCCGCCGCACAGCCAGCUUCCUCCCUCGCCUGUUCAGCCCAGCCCAACUUUGCCUUCAUCGGCUGCUCAGCUUGCAGCCGCCUUCACCAGCACGUCACCACCAUAUCUCCAGCCCCCAGUCUGCAUCCGCCGUAGCUCACCUGCAGGCCGGAGCCCCUGACUGGUCUGCAUCGUGCAUCACCUGUUGUGAUGUUCCACGUGCGGCCCGUCGCCUACAAAACAGUGCCUGGCGGCCAUCGAAAUCACCUUCAUCCCGAAAACGCCCCACAGUCUCCAGCUCCCAGUGACGCCCCGGUUGCCCAACCAUCCCCUCAGCUUCUGCUGCUGCUGCUGUGGCCGCCGCCGUCGCCCAGUUAAACACCGCCCCGCCCCGCACCUCCAUCUCCUGCACCCCUCCCGCCUGGCGCGCCGCCUCCCUCGACCUCACCGCCCCGCCCAGCACCGCCAUCUCCUGCACCGCUCCCGCCUGCCGUACGAUUGGUGGUUGGUUGGGGGCCGGGUGAAGUUGCUGACUACACCUCUCUACCUGACCGCUGCUGCUGCUGCUGCUGCUGUGGCCGCCGCCGUUGCCAAGUUCAACACCGCCCUCCCCAGCAGCACCCAGCCCGUCACCAUCACCUACACCGCCCUGCUGUCACUACUCCCACCAACACCUCCAAGCUCGUACGGUUAAGUAGGGCGCGGUGUGGGGAAAUAUAUCAACAACUUGCCCCAUAACGCCUCCAUCCCCGGCCUGUUAUGUUGCCUAUUAUGCCUUGCCGGUAACGCUGCGAUGCAACCCACCCACGCCCUGUGCUUGUGUGAAGCAAUCCCGCGUGAUGCAGGAGUCUCUUGGCUCUGCGUGUAGAGUUGCGAGCACCUAACCACAGUCCGUCUGUGCAACGUAUUCCCUCACCACACGCUCAACUGCGUAUCCAAAGGUCUUCUUCCUUGCACCUUGGUUGUUGCACUGCGGUCUGACCUGACCUGCUGCACCCCUCAUGUGCUCUUGUUGCAGGGCAAAGGCGAGCACUAGCAAGACGAAUCCGCCAGCCACGUACGUAGCCCAGGGUAAGCGGGGCGCGGUGUGGCCAAGACACUGGUUGUUCGACGCCGGUGUGGGGCGGGAGGAGGCGCAGGUUUCGGGUUGUGUCGUACUCUGGCGUGUACUCUGGCGGCGUUGGGGGUUCGUAGCACUGCCUCUUAAGUAUGUAUAGGUAGCCCGCCCCACGUGAGUGCCCCACAAGCGCAAAUGGACGAGAGGGCAGCGCUGUUGAGAGCAGCAGACGUGCACAGAAGUGCUCAGGCAUGAUCAGGCAUGAUUUCGACAGAUAAGCGCUGCCAAAGAGCAUACACGCUGCCUUUUCGCCCUGUAACGCGCAUCCGCCCUCCCUGCUGGCAUCCUGCUUAACUUCAUGUGCAUGUUUACCCCCCACCCCCACAGGCACAGCACACAACGCUGUGGGUAUCAAGCACGCAGUAGAGUCUGUGGGUGGGGCACGGAGAGAUGGCGCAGCUCCUCCCUUUCCAAGCAAUGGUCUGCGUCAUCCCCUUCUCCACCCAUACACCCCUGCCACCGCCGCUGCCGCCGUCGUCACUGCCCCUACCUCGUCCCUCCUGCCAAGAUGCACGGGCGCUUCAAUCCCCACCACCUCCCAGACAAUACGGAGAGGGGCCGCCAACGGCUGGGGCUGGUUUGGGGUACGGCAAGGGGCAGGGAAGACCUAGCAUGUAGUGGGCUAGCUAGUGGGCAGAGGCAACCCGCCAAUAGCAACAGGCAUAUACUAAUGGCUUUCACCCCAAGCAUGCACCCUACCUUUGGGUCAUCCUCCUCCUAUCCAUCAUGUGCAUCUGCAUUUUACACCUGCUGAGCCUUCUCUCCCUGCCCCAAACCCCUUGUCUAGCAGGCGCUCAGCAGGCGCAUGGUGAACUCCGGUGGGAGGGGCAGCACCACCGCGGCGUCACCAUGAACCAUGAGCCAUCCAUUCCUUCCCAACUGACAGGCAAUUGUACGAAACAGGCAACACCACCAAGCGAUCAAGACCCCAAUCAAGACCAAGUUGUCAUAGUGCCGCUGCUGCUGCUGCUCUGCCGCAUGAAGAGCAGCAGCCCAAUAUGCUCCACCGCCACCUGCAGCACCACAUUCUCAGCAUGCAAUGCCAUGCCAUCCAUUCGUCGACGAGUCACGCGCGCGCGCACAUAGCAGCAUUCACUAAAGCAUAAUGAACAACAGCAAAACCACCUUUCAUUGCAUGUUUUCGUAUUGGGAUAUGAUAAGAAAAGCAGGGUCGCGCAUGCAAGCGCACAUACUUGGUGUAUUUUAUUUUCUUUUAAAGGGCCACCACAUACUACUAUACCUUGUUUUUUUCAAUGGCAACAUGGUUUACGACUGAGCUCGAACUUUUGGCCGGUAAAGCCAUCGAUGCGUACAUGAUUGUACGGAUUUUUCGUUUCCGCGCAUAUCUCAACAAACCAAGCACACCAUGGUGUUCAGCGUUGAAUUUCCUGCAGGUCCAUGUGUUUAUUGAGGUAGGCGACGGACUAACAAGCCACUUGCAGUACACCCGCCCGAAGGUAGAGCACACUGCAGGUGACUCAAGGUGUUGCAAAUGCUUACAUUAAGUGCAAAGACAUAUACGCCUGUCCGCCCUGUAACACAUCCUGUUUACGACCAGCUUGCGACCUCCGAACCAGCAUUACAAGUUAGCCAAGAGGCGAACUGCCCAAUGGCCAGUUACGUAGCGUUAUGUAGUGCACAUAGAACACUUAGGCAGGGCCUUGUCAGCUUAGGCCCAGCUGGCGACUGUGCGUUUCUUAUUCAAACAGAAUCGCAGUCGACCAGUCAGCGACAACAAGCACUGAGGAGAAAACAAAGACAUACGAGCUUACGUUUAUACUCUCAA